AUGUCGUCCGACAGCGAGCGCAAGUAUGUCAAGCUCAUAUACCACGCGGCCAACAAGUAUCCCAAUUGGGACCCAGAGACAAUCGUCCAAGCAGGCGAUUGGGGGCGUAUCAUCGCCGGGAGUUCCGGUUGGCUCCCUUGGGCGGACAGGGGUGGCAUCUUUGUGAAGGAGGGAAAUAUCUACCAGGACGGGCUGGCAGAGAGAUAUGACAUCCCGAAACCGACAGAGUACGGAGCGGAGGCCUCGAACGUGGUGACCUGGUUCGUGUCUCAGAAUGCAAAAGUGUUGGACGUCUCGCGCGAUGCAGCAGGACAAGAGCCUGGUCUCGCGGACUGCAGAGUCACGGCCGGCUAUCGCUUCCCAUCCAGCGGCGGUGCCGUCCUCGCGAUGCAGAACGAUACUAUCUUGGCGAUCGAUCCACCCGGGCGCCUCAGAGAAUUACUGGAGGACGACACGAUGCGCGACUGCGUCGUCGUCUCUGAAGUGCACCGGUGCUCGUCGUACGCCCGCUACCUAUCGUCGCCGCGCACCAAAAAGAUCGUCAUUGGCCUCAGUGAGCAAUCUGCUAAGACGACGGGUGACGCCGAAGUGCAGUGGGUCCACAGUACCACUACUGGGGAAUUCAAAGCGGACGUCAGCAAGGACCGUGACUUCUGUCCUCUAUUCAAACUCGUGUCGUUGAAGGAGGACGACAGGUCUAUAGACCUGCGUGUGCCUAAACCUCCCUCCAAUAUCAUGGCGGCAUUCUCGCUAUGCUGGGACUUUCCCUUUCUCCAAAGCUACUGCUAG